AGUUUAUUUUGGGACGUUCCGGAAACGAGGUGACAUGAAAUGGCACGGAGGCCCAAUGGGCCAUGACCCAUAUAUAGAGCGAAUGUGUAAUCAGGGUUCUGAAUUCUGAUAUGUAUUUCUCAGUGUAAUCAAUCAAUCUGAAGAUGAAUCUUACAUACGAUCGCGAUAUAUGCCCGGCCGAAUGGGUGGAAAUGGUGAAAGAUGCACAGAUUCGGGACGGGAAGCGUAAGUAUCAACCACCGCCAGAGUCGCCGGAAAAAGAAGUUCCGAAGAGGUCAAUUCGCGAUAUUCUCUUAAAUCCAAGUCAUCCAUGGGGCUAUGAUAAACUUGGCAAGACCAACCUGUUCCAUCUUUUCACUGCGGCCGGUACACAAUGCCUGUACACAAGGAAAGGCGAUGCGGUUAAGGUUGACGAACUGCGGGACAAAUUUGUUAUUCUCUAUUUCUUGAGAGAUGAUGUCCGGAAUGUGGCUACUUGUCCAGAAUAUAUACCCGACUUGAUUGAAACUUACCAAAUUCACGGCAAAUCUGAGCUUGAGAUUGUCUUUAUCUGGCUUGGUGACGACAAAGAGGCGUUCUCUAAUCAGUUCUAUAUGCCGUGGCUUGCUGUCUUACCAGAGGAUGAGAGAACGGUCAAUGUCCUUACGGAGGAGUUUGACUUUAUAGGCCCUGUGUGCUUCCUUCUUUUUGACCGCAAUGGCUUCUUGUGUCUUUAUGAUGCCAGAGCGAACAUCAAUGCUUAUGGUGUCUUAGGCUUUCCUUUUACCCAUGAAAAGAUUGAGGAAGUAGAUAAGGAAGCUGCCAAACUCCUUUCUGAAAUCAUUGAUGGCAAACCAGUUACAUUGCCUGAUAUUUUGGGUGCCCAUGUAAUUUCCCCCACAGGAGACAAGGUACCUACCUCCGACCUAAAAAGUAAGACCGUGGGUCUUUACAUGUUGAAUGAAUAUCCAUCUCGUAUUAUCCUUGAGGAGUUGAAACGUAUCUGCGAGGAUAAGAAAGAGGAUUUUGUCUUAAUUCCCAUCAUCACAUCGUACCAUUCCUCAUGGUCAUGGAUCAGAGCCGGAUGCAGCCAUCUCGAACGUAGCAUCCCUUGGUACACUCUGCCCGCUAUUAAGUGUCGCUACUUGAAUUCAGUUUUCCAUAAUAAACUUAAGGAGCCGUAUUUUUCGUAUGGAGCAUGUGAUCUAGUUAUUCUUAAAGGCGAUAAGCAUAUUCCUGUCAGCUAUUUUGCCUUGCACAUCUUUGCAUGCUUCGGAGUUGAUGCCUACCCGUUUACCAUAGAAAACGCCGUGCAAGUGGCAAAGAAGGAACAACAAGGCAACAUAGUACUGAAGGAAAUAUUAUCGUCCAAGUCUAUUUUACGUAGACAAGAUUCAGCCGGCAGUGAGGAAGUGAUCACUGUUUCAGAGCUCGAUGGUAGACAUGUCUUAUUAUUGUUUGGGACUCAUGGUUGUGAGUGGGAAUCAUUUUUGUCAACCAUAAAGAAUUGGUAUGUUGACAAGCCACAUGAUGUUGACUUCGAGAUCAUCUACAUUCAUUUGGAUAUCAGUUUAGAAUCUACUUCCUUCUCAAGCACUAUCGAGAAAAUGCCUUGGGUGGUCCACUCGUCUAAACCAGAGGUUGCAGUUUCCUUGUUCGAGUGUGUGUUUCCCAUAUCUGCACACCUCCCUGCCAUUGCAGCCUUUGGGGUAAAUGGGCAUCUAGAAACAAAAGGAUCAGACUUAGCUUCUAAUGAUAAGUUGGUCUCUCAGUAUCCAUUUAUACAGGCUGAUAUGUAUGAUGAGGUUUAUCAAGAACUAAAAGACGAGCACGGAUGGGACUUGAAAAAUCUCUUUCCCACUCCUGAAGAGAUAGAGAUCCGCUCUUUAAUGUACAGACGGAUUUAUGGAUAAAUCACUCAGAUGGCUCUACUUAUAUGUAUUUAGAUAUCAAAGUCUGUAUGCAGUGAGUAAACUGGGUUAAGCAAAAACUAGAACAAUAUUGUUUUUAGUUUUUACGAGGAUAUUUUUUGUGCAGAAAUUUGUACUGAUAUUGCUUUUAUGCGUAUGACCCUUUUAUAUGCGUUUAUUUUAAUGUGUUUAUGUUCUUGUCU